UCAUUGUUUCUGCUCAGGCAUCGCGGAAACAGUAACCGGCUGUUGGUUUCAUUUUCGGUUUUUAGGGGAGAUAAGAACGGAUAUUGACAUGGCUGGCCGUGAGCGUGUUCUUAGUCUCGCCAUUUGUUUCGUCUUAGUAGGACUUAGUGGGGCCUAUUUCGGAGAGAACGUAAUCAAACAAAUAAAACGUUUUAUUAAUUGUUCACCAAAUUACAAUCCAGAUGGUUUGGCCUCUGACUUGAAAAGCUCGCUCUUUGGCCAGCACUUGGCCUCUAAGGUGAUUCUGAAGGCCGUGACAGGGUUCAUGGAGGACCCUAACCCGACUAAACCUUUGGUCCUGUCUCUCCACGGGAGCUCCGGAACAGGGAAGAACCAUGUUGCCAAGAUUAUCGCUCAGAACCUCUUCAAAGACGGUGCCCAGAGCAGCCAGGUGCACCUGCUCAUUGCCACACACCACUUCCCUCAUCCUGACCAUUUGGAAACCUACAAGGCCCAGCUUCAGCAGUGGAUCAGAGGAAAUGUGUCAGUUUGUCCUCAUUCUAUGUUCAUCUUUGACGAGAUGGACAAGAUGAACCCACUUCUUUUUGAGACCAUCAAAUGCUUCAUGGAACACUACGCACAGGUGGAUAGAGUGUCCUAUAGACACGCCAUGUUCCUCUUUCUUAGUAACAAAGGUGGAGAAAUCAUAACCCAGAAGGCGAUGGAUUUCUGGAUGGCCGGCAGGAAGAGAGAGGAGAUUGAGCUGAACAGCCAGGGCCUGGAAACAGCCAUUAACAAACACCUUUUCAACAGCAAGAACGGUGGGUUCUGGCGCUCCAGCCUGAUUGACAGCAAUGUUGUGGAUUUCUUUAUCCCUUUCCUGCCUCUGGAGCACAAGCACGUAGUCAUGUGUGCCCUGGCAGAGAUGGCCACUCUCGGACACAAGCCUGACACCGCCAUCGCUGAGAAAGUCGCUGACGACUUUCUCUACUUUCCCCCAGAGAACAUGAUCUUCUCCAUCAAAGGCUGUAAAUCUGUCAGACAGAGAAUCAAAUACUACAUCUAGAGUAGAAUACAUCUAAAAUCAGACUAAAAUAGAUCUACAGGUAUCAGACUGAAAUACAACAUCUGCAGCUGAAAUAGUUGAACCUGUAGAUAUAGAUGCUUGGAAGUGAGUUGGAAGUGACUUUAUUUAAGAGAUUGUGGUUAUUUAUUAUAAUAUACCAAUAGGUCAACAUUUUAGAUUUUUACACUGCAGUUAUUUAGCUGUCUAUUAUCCAAAGUAGACUAACAGAUGAUUAGACAAAGGAGGGAACAUUCCCCCGUGGAACAUGCAUGAUAGCCACUAGGCUGUAGGCUGCAGUAUAUAGUCUGUAGGCUCUUGUACAUUUUGGUGCUUGUGACGAGUCUUUUUUUAAUGCAUGUGUUACUGAUUUAUAUUUUUUCUCUUGUAAAACACUUUGACCUGCAUUUUGUAAUGAAUUUGCUUGCUCUUUUAAUAAUAAAAUCAAAACUAUCAGACUGAC